CCAGGCAAGGGUUGUUUGAUUCUUGAUCUUCUAUCUUUUCGCGAUUCUCGACGGCUCUCCUCUAGCAAAGUGCACCCCAAUUCCCAUGGCAUUGACCAGAUGGGACUGCGCAAAAUCACUCUCUGGCGAGGUGAGAUGAUCUCAUAUACAACCAUAAACCUGCAUAAACGGUAAGAACAUGCUCAUACAAGUACGAAAUGUGAGGUGGCAUGAGACAGCAGCGUAAGAGGCAUGAAGCAACAGCGAUGCCGAGCUAGAUUUCAUCAAACAAGAACCUUCCAUUCUGCACACUUCGUCUCUAAAAACUCCCCACAGAGCUCUUUCCUCAACAUCAAGAGUAAUAAUUUCAUUCUAUAUCACACAAAAUGCCAUCAACAUCGUCACCAGCCUCCAUCUCCUCCGAGGACCUCUGGGAAACCGCCACGGUUGUCGAGGAAGGACAAGAAGACGAACACCUUCUUCAAAAGUACGGACACUUCUCAUCCGAGAGAACAGACAAGAAGACAGAUCACCGUGCUACACCAAGCAGUCUACGAACGGAUCACGUCAAGCGUCGCAGGAUCAUCAUCGGUGCUUGUCUGGGCAGCUUUAUCUUCAUGAUACUGUUUGGUUUUGGCGCCGGUAUGCUGGUUGCGUAAGGAUAGACUACAUGAGCGCCGAGAACAAGGUGUUUUAAUCGACGGAUGGGGGAGAUGGCAGUUUUCGCAGAGGCUUUGAUUGAUAAUUCAUGAUGCCGGCCAGGGUCGUGAGCGCAACAACCUCUCCGCGAAAGAAACAUGGUUUUUGUCGCCGCAUUCUGUAUUUUCUGGAUUUAGAAUAUGUUUUCUGCGCUACUCAUGAUACCGUUAUGCUCUCGUCGACCUUCCACGCUGUGAGAGCUUUGCGUUGUGGAUGAAGAGUGGUC